AUGAAACCUAUUUGCUUUUCAAGCACAGCUGAGCUGUUCGAUUUUAUAAACGACAAGCAAAAUGACAUAGAAAUAGUAGCAUGCAUUAUUAGCAACCUCCUUGGAACCCUUUUCAAAUGCUUUUACUAUGUUAAUGAAAUUUCCAUGUCUAAAUUGGAAGACGGUUUUCCAUUUGAUGCAUCCUCCAUUAAAUUAUGUUCAGAUGUAGAAGUGAGUGAUUUUUAUUUAAGGAUCGAUAUUUCUACAUGUUACAUUGAAAACUGUGAUGGAAAAAAUGUACUAAACAUAAUGUGUGAUAUUAAGAGGUAUAACGGAUUUGACUAUUACAAAUGUCCACGAAGUAUUUUGAAGAAAACUUGUGAUUUUAUUAAGAAGGAAAAUAUAGCAGACAAAAUAUAUAUAGGAAAUGAAAUUGAAUUUUUCAUUUUUGAUAAAGUGAAUUUCGGUUUAGAUGAUUAUGAUAGUUAUUUAAAAGUAUAUGAUAAAGAAUCUUUUUCUUGUAAAAAUGAUUUGUCAAAAAGUUCAAGAAAUAAUAAUAAUAUGAUAAAUAAUUCAGAAUCAAAUGAUUCUCGUUUUCCAACACAAAAUAAUAAUGAUUUAAUAAACGAUGAUAGUAAAAAAAUAAAAAAAAAAUGUGGAUAUUUUGCUACGGACCCAUAUGAUACUUCAAACAUUAUUAAAAUUCGAAUAUGCAGAAUUUUAAAUAAUUUAAAUAUAAAUGUGCAGAAAUAUCAUCAUGAAGUUUCAACAAGUCAGCAAGAAAUAUCUUUAAAAUAUUUUGAUGCUCUUCGAAAUGCUGAUAAUAUACUCAUAACAAAACAGAUAAUUAAAAGCACUGUUCAUACUUUUAACAGAACCGCUACAUUUAUGCCAAAACCAUUAGCAAAUGAUAAUGGAAGUGGAUUACAUUGUAACAUUUCUCUAUGGAAAAAUGAUAAAAAUAUUUUCUUUAAUGAUGAUCCGUCAACUUUUUUUUUCUCAAAAGAAUCUUUUUAUUUUAUGAAUGGAAUUAUUAAACAUGCAAAAUCUUUACAAGCCUUUUGUAACUCUACUAUGAAUUCAUAUAAAAGAUUAGUACCCGGAUUUGAAACAUGUCAGAAAUUAUUUUAUACCUUUGGAUCGAGGAGUGCCGUUAUUAGAUUAUCAAUGCUUAAUUAUAACAAGCCUUGUGAAAAGAGGAUUGAAUUUAGAUUACCUGAUUGUGUCAAUUCACCACAUUUAGUUCUAGCAUCUAUAAUUUUAGCUGGAUACGAUGGAAUCAAAUCAAAGGAACAACCUCUAGUGCCACUUGAAAGUAAAGAUGGUAACUUUUAUAUAUCUAGUAUAUUUUCUAAUUACGUCCAAAAUUCAGGUAAUUUUCAAAUCCGUACGCACGCUUUGGAAAAUUAUGAUUCUAUACAUGAUAUAAAGAACAAUCAACAAUUUGUCAAUUUUUUUAAGUCAAAAGAGCCAGAAAACAUAUGUUUUUCUCUAGAAGAAAGUUUGGAUGCAUUAGAAAAAGAUCACGCAUUUUUGACAGUGAAUAAUAUCUUUACUGAGGAAAUGAUACAAGAAUAUAUAAAAUUUAAAAGAAACGAAAUAGCUGACUACAAUAAAAAGGUGACACCUUAUGAUUACUACUUGUAUUACAGCUGCUAA